UCCUGUGAGUGAGUAAUUCCGGGAAGCGCUCCCUACAACUCCGCGCGGCCUCCCGCGCCGCCCGCCCCACAACAAAACUCGGCGCGUCGUCGCUCCGGGAGCUAGGAGCCGGGCUCGGAGCCGGAGAGGAGGCGGACCGGGGAGACGGACCGAGGAGCGGGCUCGGACGGCAGCGAGACCCGCGCGUACCGGGGGCGCCAGGAGGAGCGGCCCGAGGAGGGGUCUCAGCCCAGAGGGUGCCUUCUGCAAACAUGUCUGUGGAUCCCUUAUCCAGCAAAGCCCUGAAGAUCAAGCGCGAGCUGAGCGAGAACACGCCGCACCUGUCGGACGAGGCGCUGAUGGGGCUGUCGGUGCGCGAGCUGAACCGGCACCUGCGGGGGCUGUCGGCCGAGGAGGUGGCGCGGCUCAAGCAGCGGCGGCGCACGCUCAAGAACCGCGGCUACGCCGCCAGCUGCCGCGUGAAGCGCGUGUGCCAGAAGGAGGAGCUGCAGAAGCAGAAGUCCGAGCUGGAGCGCGAGGUGGACAAGCUGGCGCGCGAGAACGCCGCCAUGCGCCUGGAGCUGGACGCGCUGCGCGGCAAGUGCGAGGCGCUGCAGGGCUUCGCGCGCUCCGUGGCCGCCUCCCGCGGGCCCGCGGCGCUCGUGGCGCCCGCCAGCGUCAUCACCAUCGUCAAGUCGGCCCGGAGCCCGGCCCCCGGCCCCGCCCCGGGCCCCGGCCCCGCCCCGGGCCCCGCGGCCGCGCCCGCGCCCUGCUCCUAGUGCCCGCUGCGCCCCCUUCACCACCGCGCCCCGUCCCCCAACCACUCCCCUCCGGCCCUGCUCCUUCCCCAAGUGCCUCAGCGCCACCUGUCCCAGGUGCCAUUUCUCUGCAGCCACCAGCCCUGCGGCCAACACAGGGCUCUCCCCGGAGCCUGCUUUCCUGUGCCGCCCUGAGACGGGCCUAAGCCCCGGGAAGGGGCAGCUUUGGUGAGAGAGGGGGCAGGUGAGUCAAGGUCUCCCUUGGCCGAAAGCUCCGCCUCCCUGGGCUGGGAAGAGGGAUACAGAGCGGAUUAGACUAGAGAAGCAGCGAAUCAGACUGGAGAAGAGUCGUGGAGGACUGGAGGGCCUCCCCUCGUUGGGGAAACCGCUCAGAUUGUGCCGUGGCCCCUGCCCGGCCGGUACAGCCUUAGGUUUGGCCCUGCAUGCCUUGUGGGGCUGCCCGGCUGGGGAGCGGGUGCUCCCCGCUCUGCUUUGGGGCUGGGGAAGUCGCCUGCCCCGUUAGCAGGCAGAUGGGAACCGGCCUCCCCCGAUGGGCCACCUGUGCUUGUGGGUGAGCUGAAACCUGCAGCCAGGUCCUCCUCCUGCCGUCCGAGACCCCAGCAUGGCCAGGGGGCAGUGGACAGGGACUGGGAGGGGAGGCAGGGCCGCCGUGGCCUGGGAGACUGUGAGACACGGGAAGAGAAGUAGAAGGAGAGAGAAGAGGAUGUAGAUGGAAGAGAGGGAAGGGGCUGGCUAGCCAAUUAACAAAGGGAGGGAGGAGGCCGGUGGGGAGAUGAGAUGACAGAUCCCGCCAUCUUGCAGCCUGGGGUGAGGGGUCCUAAAAAGGGACAGUCCCACCUCUUCCCGUGACUGUCCCCCCCGGGGUGGAGGCUGGCCACGGCCACGGAUUGUUCUGGAAGCCCGCGCCCUCCCUCCCCCCUCACACACUGUACACAGCCGCCCCCCCGCUGUUAUUUAUUGCACGAAUCUAAGUUAUUCUCUCCAGCCGGAGCCCUAGCGCCCUCUCCCUGGGAGAAGUGGCGUUUGGCCCUGAGCUGGACUUUAUAUUUUAUAUCUGCAAAUAAAUCACAUUUUAUCUUAUAUUUAGGGAAAGCCGGAUGGCAACAACCAAAAAAAAAAAAAAGUUUUUAAAAAAAUUGCCCCGGCCUCCAGAAUUUAUUUAUUUUCUGACUUACAGUAAGCGAGUUAUCCGCCUUCUGUAUUUUGUAGACUUUCUGAAUAAAGUCAAGUUCUCUUUUUCCACAGUGAAGCGUGUGUCCUGA